ACACAUCCUGUUAAUGUUUGACUGCCGCGGCAGUGGCUCUGUUUGUUGCAGUCGGCUACGCCCUGAGGCUCACCAAAAACAGCCACAAAAACAGCCAUUUCCUCUUAGUUGAGAGACAGAGGGGAGGGGGGGGGAAAAGCCUUUUCCUCCCAGCAGCCUCUGUUCUCCAGUCCCUGCCACUCGCGGCUCUGAUGUUCAGAGAGGGACACAGCAGAGCAAAUUCCUCAAGAGGCUCCAACCUCUCCGAGUUCCUCUGGGAUGAAAACAUUCGCUGGGAGCUUGGCUGGGCUUUGAGAAUGACAUCUCUCACCGUUUGUGGGAUAUUCUGAAGGCUGCAUCCCAAAAAGGCUUUGGGCGCUGUGCCGCUGGACUGCGAGGAAGCUCCGCUCCCCUCGCAGCCGCGCUCUGACCGCCUGAGGACCGAGGCGCGCCGCUGGCCAGCAUUCCUCCCUCUCUCGCCCCGGCAGCAGCUCAGGCUCUCCUGCCUCAAGACUGGAGUCUUUCUGGAUUCACCUUGUCUCUCAAGGAAUGGACCUCCCUGUCUUUCAGUUCAUCACAGGACUGGCGUUGCUUAUCAAAGUGCAAGAAGGUGGAUAAGCCAAAGCUGGGAAGGACAGAGAGACCUGCAAAAGCUUCUUUGUGUUCCUCUUUUAUGGAAUUCUCCUACCUACCUCGCGACAUUCUCCUUUGCUUGAUCAGCACCACCUCAGGAGUUGACUUUGAGAAUGAACGGUGAUGUCCUCUAGCCCUUCAUAACAUCGCAUCGAAGCCGCCUCCACUACAAGUCCUAUUUCAAUGUGCUGCAGCUGAUUGAGACCUUGUGUCUUCUGCAAGCAGAUACUGGCAGCAAGCUGACAGUCAGAUAUGACUGUCCAGAAACUGGUAGCCACAGCUGUGUUGGUAGCCCUGGUCUCGCUUAUUCUUAACAACGCAGCUGCCUUUACUCCCAACUGGGUGUACCAGACGCUGGAGGAUGGGCGUAAGCGCAGUGUGGGGCUCUGGAAGAUGUGCUGGCUGGCAGAAAAGGGCAGAGGAGGUGCAGGCACAGGUGCCAGGCACGGGCAAGGGGAGGAGCGCGAGUGCGAAGCCCUGGGCUGGGGUUCAGAAUCAGCUGGGUUCCAGGAGUCUCGUAGUACUGUCAAACUGCAGUUCGACAUGAUGCGCGCCUGUAACCUCAUUGCCACUGUUGCUCUGACUGCUGGUCAGCUCAUCUUCGUCCUGGGCCUGAUGGAACUACCCAUCAUUUCUCAGGAUACUCAGUGGUGGGAGGAGGCCAUAGCUGCCGUGUUCCAGCUUGCUAGUUUUGUUUUGGUUAUUGGAUUGGUGACUUUCUACCGCAUUGGACCAUACACCAACCUCUCAUGGUCUUGCUACCUGAACAUCGGAGCCUGUCUUUUGGCCACGCUGGCAGCUGCCAUCCUCAUAUGGAACAUCCUUCAUAGGCGUGAGGACUGUAUGGCACCUCGGGUCAUUGUUAUUAGCCGCACGCUGACCGCUCGAUUUCGCCGUGGCCUGGAAAAUGACUACGUCGAGUCACCGUGCUGAUAGCAUGGACUUGAAAGGGGAAGAGAUCUCCAACGAGAUCUGCACUGGAGUUGUUUUCUAUAAAUAUAUGCUAUAAUUUAAAACUAAGGGUUAAAGGACAUCACAAAGCUCACUCUUGUGGGCAGAGGCCCUCAAUUAUUAUUUGGAUGG